UUCGCGGCUGUCUGAGGAGAAAAGUGGCCUUCGGACUGAUGAAAGCAGCAGCAGCGCUGAGGGGGAGUGAGCCGUGCGCGGUGGUGUGCUGCAGUCCGCCGCCUGGCUGCCAUAGUUGAGUAAACUACGCGGACAUUAGCGGGCGCAGCGGCGCAAACCACACCGAGUCCGAGUGGAUUAAAACGGCGUGCAUAUGUACACACACCCGAGACAAACCACUGUCAGCCACGCAAAGAGAAAGCCUGGUGUGUAACAGCAGUUUGCGGCUGAAAAAAAGGCUUUGGAAGAACUCAGCGGCGCGUUGUGACACAGCUCGGCGGGAAUGGCUUCAUCUCCGUGCGGCAACACUAACUUUGAUUCCGGGCUGGAAAUCAAAACUCGCUCGGUGGAGCAGACGCUUAUUCCUUUAGUAUCACAGAUCACCACUCUGAUCAACCAUAAAGACAAACCAAAGAAGUCAGAGCGCACCCUGGCAGCUAUACACAAGGUAGGCCAGGCAGUAAAUGUGGCCGUGGGACGUUUUGUUGCCGUGGGCGAGGCCAUUGCUGCAGAGAACCAAGAGCUGAAGGAUGAGAUGGUUCAAGCGUGCUUCGAGGCUCGUAGAGCAGGUGAUGCCAUAGCUCAGCUCACAGACGUGGGUUCAGCCUUGUCGGCUCAGGCAGAUGGGCGCGUCACAGUGUUCAGUGACAGAAUGGGCAUGGUGAAGGCCGCUCGCUUGCUCCUCUCCUCAGUCACUAAAGUCCUGGUCUUGGCCGACCGCAUCGUCAUCAAACAGAUUAUUACAUCACGCAACAAGGUUCUGGUAACCUUGGACCAUUUGGAACGAGUCAGUACCUUCCAGGAAUUUGUCCAGAUAUUCAGCCAGUUUGGGAACGAGAUGGUUGAGUUUGCCCACCUCACAGGAGACAGACAGAAUGACUUGAAGGAUGAGAAGAAGAAAGCACGGAUGGCAGCAGCCAGAGCUGUACUGGAGAAAUGCACUAUGAUGCUGCUAACGGCAUCCAAGACUUGCCUCCGGCACCCGGAUUGUGAGUCGGCACGGAUCAAUAAAGACGCUGUGUUCCACCGGAUGCGUUGUGCUCUGGAGCAGGUCAUUGAAAUAGUCACCGAGGCACGGACCAGUGGCGAGAACAAGAUUAUUCCUACCAGCAUCUACAACAGCAUCAAGGACUUCAAGUCCAGCGUGGAGUGCCUGCGGGAGAGUCUGUGCUCCUCGUCACCCCAGAGCGUGGGCAGUCAGCUGGAGGCGCUGGUGGAGCGGACAGAAGAUUUCACCGACUCUGCGUACACCAGUCACGAACAGCGACAGGCCAUCCUCGGUCUGUGCCAGCGGGCCCACCAGGACACUCAGCAGCUGGUGCACGCCUGGUCUGACACACAGUCAGAACACGCCAAAGAGGUCACCGAAGACUUGGAGACGUUCAUCCUGAAGACGUGCCAAAGUGUCAGCGACCUCAGACGUGAGCUCCAUAAAGUGGCUGCCAGCCGCGCUUCAGACUUGCUCAAAGUUCACGGGGAGCAGUUGCCGCUGCGAGCUCUCAAAGCGGCGUGUGCCGAGGGAAACCUGGAGGCUGUGGCUGAGUACUCGCGCACGCUCACGGAGCAGAAGGAGCAGCUGGUGGAGACAUGUAGGCUGCUGUGUCACGUUUCGGGGACAGAGCCACUGGAGAUUACCUGUAUACAUGCAGAGGAGACCUUCCAUGUGGUUGGUCCACAGAUCAUAUCGGCAGCGCAGACGCUAGCUCUCCACCCAUCGAGUAAGAUUGCAAAGGAGAACCUGGAGGUGUUCUGUGAGGCCUGGGAGUCCCAGCUGUGUGACAUGGCAGUACUGGUCCGAGAGAUCAGCGACGUGUUUGAAGGCAGACGAGGAGACAAAAGACUGUAUUUGUCACUCCCCAGACCUGGGAAGCAUUCGGCUAACCUAAAGACUGCCAAGGCUGUGAAGUUGGAUGCAGAGGAGCAGACCAGCAUGGCCAAGCUCGGUCUGGAGCUCCGCUUGCUGUCAUCAGAUGUGGACGCAGAGGUGGAGAAGUGGGAGGAGCAAGAACACAACAUUGUCCGACAGAGCCAGAGCCUGGCCAGUAUGGCCUACAACAUGUACCUGUUCACCAGGGGGGAGGGCCUGCUGAAAACCACACUCGAUCUCUUUCAUCAAGCUGAGGAGCUUUCAGAGGAGGGACUCCAGCUGUGCUCAUCUCUCCGCGCUUUUUCCACCCAGUUGGUAGAUGAGGAAAAGUCUGCCGUGAUGAUGGAGAUGGGGAAACUGGUGGCUUUGUGCCAACAGCUGCAGAUGGGAGCCAAAACUCCUGUACAGGGGAAGAACGCCACUUUUCAGAAGGUGGACUCAUCCAUUCAGACCACCAGAGGCAUCCUGAACACAGUCCUGUCCCUCUUACCCUUCUGUAACAAGCUGAACAGAAAGAACAAGUCAGAAGAGAGUAGUUUGGGUUCCCCGCAAGAGUGGAGGGAGAGACCAGAAUCUUCCACACCUGUCAAAGAGGAGGUCGCCCUCAACAGCAAGAACAGCAACGGCUUCGGUGUCCAGUCCUUAGAGCAGCACAUGGUUGCUCUCAACCUCCUCGAGAGCAAAUAGUCAAAACACACACACACACACACACACACCAUCCCCUCCACCCGCCCUGCACAACCUCACUGGCGGAGAACAUAAAACAGGAAAUAACUUUCUCCCGUCAUCUUCAUUCAACCAUCCCAAAAUGUGCCAAGCUGUGGGGUGACGUCGCCUCGGAUGGGUUUCUCCAACCUAAAAAUUUUGCUGGUUACCCAAACCAGUAGUACUACCCCUGACCACAAGAUGGAGACAAUCAGCCAACAUUGUUGAGUAUUGCAGUGAGCCUCAUCAAAGAGAGCCAUUACUUUUGGAAUCACUUUUUUUUUUUCUGGUUAGAUAGACAGUUUGGGAAAGAAUUCCACUCAGCACUCUGAUCAGUCAUACAUCGGUUUUCACUGCGUGCCUCUGCGUAUCAAACCAGUUUGCUUUGUGGUGUUCUGUAAAUGUGCCGCACCUCCAACCCAAAUUUCAUGUAGAAACUUCCAAAAAUCCCCACCGUGCACAACGUAGCUAUCAAACCGUCAACGUGCCGUAUGUUGUUUUUGUGAUUUCUCUUUAUCUUCCCGAUCACUGGCGUUGCAGCAUUAGCUUACUUGGAUAAAUGUUUUUAGAAGACACAACAGCAUUAAUGUCCGGCUUCCAAGCAGUUAUUAAUGGAAUGUACAUGUGCCAUGUUUGUAAAUGCAAAAGUCACAAUUUAAUGCCAAAAAUAGUUAUGUUGAAGAGGAGCAUGUGAUCUUCGGUUUAGUCACCAUCUGAAAUUUUAAGCUCUUCACUGUUACUUGUGUUUGGAUCUGGUUUCUCCUCAAAACAACUGAUGGACAUGCUUUUUGGAAGUCAGAGUUUUACUUUAUGCAUUCAUGAUUAACUUCUGUGUAUCCUGUUAAAAUUUAUUUCCUCGCAGAAUAUGGAAAUAUCAUUUUGGUCCGGCACUCUUGUCCAGUGGAGCCUUGUUACGAAGACGGUGUGAAGCAGCGUGGUCGGCCAGUUGUAUU